AUGGCGGCCGCCGCGAUAAGGGGCCAGAUCAACGUCCUCAUCGCCACCAUGUUCAACACAGGUCUGGUGGACGACGCUUUCUUGCAGCUGCAGAGGAUGCGGGAGCAGGGCCGCGAAACCCCGGCCCACGUCGUUGAGGUCAUGAACCGCUUCCUCAUCGACGCCGAGAGGAUCAUCAACGACAUCACCGGCCUGAUGAUAAACGAGCCCGAGGUGGACUUCGACAAGGUGGACGGCCUGGUGCAGCAGCUGAAGGUGACCUGCAGCAGUGUUGGUGCUAAGAGAUUGAACCUCUGCUGCGUGCAACACUUCAGUCCUGAGGCAAAAAACAAAGAAGGGUACCUCGAGGCACUGGGUCGUGUCAGGUUUCAGUUCUACGAUUUACGCAGCAUGUUCAAGAUCAUAAUGGAGCUGGAGCAGCAUCUUGCGGCAUGUCGUCCUAAGUAG